AUGGCCUCAAAUCCUGAAGUUCUCAUUGUGGGCGCCGGCCCAGGCGGCCUCAGCGCAGCUCUCACUCUUGCCCGUCUUGACCACAGUGUCAAGAUCUUCGACAACAACGAUGCUCGAAAUAAAGAGAUGCCUUCCAUGACCAUGAUGAUCACCAUGGACGGAGUCACGCCUGUAGAGUUCCGACAGAGAGCCUUGGACAAUUUGUUGUCGCGACACAAGAAGGUCUCUUUUGAAGAAGCCGACAUCAAAUACGCGAGGAAAUUGGACGACGGCGGUUUCGAGGUGGAGGAUGCGCAAGGCAGAAAGUGGCAGGGAAAGAAGCUCGUAUUGGCAACAGGUUGCCAGGACAUCUUCCCAGAUAUCAAGGGCUACGCAGAUUUCUGGGGAAAGGGGAUCUACCACUGCUACUUCUACAAAGGCUACACGCCUGAGAAAGCACCCUCGUCUGGCAUUCUCGCCGUGGACAUCAUGACCGAUGUGCUCAAAUCCAUGCACGCUGCACGCUACGCAACCCAAAUCUCCAACCUCGUAACCAUCUACACAAACGGGGACGCGGAGCUCGCAAAGAAAUUCGAAGAAGCCUUCAACGGACAACCCAUGUUCAAGACGGAUUCCCGCAAGAUUGCACGUUUCGUAAAGGAUUCAUCCGGCAGACCAGAGGUCGGCAUCGAGUUUGAAGAUGGUUCGACGGCCAGCGAGAGCUUCAUCGGACAUUACCCGCUGUGGAAGGCUAAAGGCAACUUUGCAGAGCAAUUGGGGCUGCAGACAACACCUACAGGCGAUAUUGUGGCUCAUGCGCCGUGGCUGCAGACGGAUGUGAGGGGCGUGUUUGCCUGCGGAGAUAAUUCACAAAUGAGGAAGAUUAUGCCUGAGGCACAGAAUGGAGGCAGCCUUGUGGGAGCCGGUGUAUCGAACCAGAUUAUUGCAGAUGCAUUCGGACAGCAGGGUCUGGUUUGA